GCUAAAAACUUGGCCUUCGUAUGACUGGACCCGCGAUUUGAUUCACUGGACGCUUGACUUUCAGAAACUGUGCCAGGAAAAUAGCGCGUAGCUAUUUUACGAGGCACCUUGAGCACGUAACACAGAAUUUCAUUUCGGAGCCGAGUUCUCUAUUUAUUAUGCGAUGUCAUCGCGUGUCAAGCAUUAUUAGGUGCAACGAAAAGUUGACUCGUGUACAGUAUCGAUACAAGAAAAGUCAAAGUUCGAUCGUACGAUUCCUCUUGGAGAUUAUUGAUCUAUAUGUCUUAUUAUUUAUACAUACGUACAUAUUAAUUAAGAAACAAAUGUUUUUACAUAAUCCUCGAUUUAUCUUUACUAUCGUUGACAUAUGAUAAUUAACGAGUUAGACUUUUUACACGAAAUAAAAAUAUAACUCGAAAGGAUAAUUACGAGUGUUGUUUCCUCGUUAGACAUACAUGUUUCCAAAUCGAUCAUCGUUCUUUUCACGAACACGUAUUGGAAACGAGCGAUGUCUUUUCUAAUUUAAAAGUAAAAAAAAAAAAAAAAAAAAAAAAAAAAGAGACGAAGAGAAAAAAAGAAAAAGAGAAGAAGAAGAAGAAGAAGAAGAAGAAUAGAAUGUUCAACAUUAAUCAAAGAGUGGCGUUAUACGAAACCUAAACUUUUUUAAACGGUAGACUCAUUGAACGACGUGUCGAGAAAAGGCGAGACGAUCGAAGGAGGAUCCGCGAUCUUUCGACGUGCCGUAGCAGCAUCGGAGAUCGUGACGUUCUGUCAUAUGGAAACGAUAUAGGAAACGACAAAACGCCGUCGUUUUUCAGUUUUGAAUCAAUGGCCACGAAAUCGAUGAUACGAUUUUUUGUCAACCUCUCGGAGGAAUGCAGUCAAGUUUGCUCAGAUUUGUCACGAUGAUCGCACUACUAGUUAACGUGACUUGCAUCCGGGACGAUCUUAAAAAUAGCAGAAACGUUCGAUCGAGGGAAGCCAAUCUGAUCGUUCGAAAUACGAGAAGAGAGAACUCGCAAGGGAAUACGGAUUUGAAAAUGGAAAGAGCUAGGAUCAGAGGGACUCGAGAACAAAGGCAACAUGAAGAAAAUUAUACGGAUAAAGUUAUGAACGUCAAUGAGACGACACUCUUCGAAUCGCAAUCGACUCAGAUCAGCAGACUGGCAGAGAAAUUUGCUAACGACGCUCUCAAGUCUUUGAAGAUGCGAGAAACCAUAAAUAAACUCGUGAAUAUUGACUCUUCUCGGAACAAUACGGAUAGGUAUUCGUUAAUUUUCAUGGAAGAAGACGUCGCACAGAAAUCUAAUUUAAAACCAAAUCAUUCGAAAUCUUCGAAGCAUAAAGGUAAGAAGAAAAGAAAAUGGAAGAGGCAUAGAGGUCGACGUAAACGACUGAAGAAACAUCGAGAACCUCGAUGGUCCAAGAAGGCAUCCGCUAAGGCAGAUUACGACUCCAAAGGAAAAAAGAUACUCGCAAAAGGGAAAUCAGUUAAAGGGAAAAUAUCUAAUAUUUAUCCUAAAAAUAAUAUUAAAAAGGCAUUGGAUCAAGAAGUAUCUGAUGACGGUAAAUUCGAAAUUGAUAAUGUAACAGUCAUUAUGGAUGCAGAUGAUUACAUUGACUUGACUCAAUCCACAAUUUCGAAUACCGCGACAACCACAAUUGCAAAUGCAAUUAAGAAAACAGGUAAUAAGAGUGAACGACGAGACGACGAAAAGAAAAAUAUGAUAGAUCGAUUAAUGAGGACGACUACGAAGGAUCCAAUGAAGAAAAAUUCUGGCGAUCAAGGAGCAGAAUAUGCCGAAUAUUACAACGACAUUAAUGAAUUCGAAGAGGAAAUAGAAAAAUAUCCUCGUGCUAGAUCCGUUCGUCAAAGUUAUACAAUGUCUUCUCCAUAUAACGACAAUCCAGUAUAUUUUCAGUCAGAACAAUUGUCCUCAGACAAAAGACUUCAAAAACUCAGAUCUAAUCGAAAUUUGAAUGACAAUUUCUAUACAUACAAUGAAAAUGUUCAAGAAUAUCAAACUGAAAAGGAUCCAAAAAUGGAUCAAGAAAACUUCGAUACUAAUUCAUUAAUUCCAAAAUCAAACGGAAAUCAAUACACUUUACCAUUAGAUACAGAUGAAAAAAACAUGUAUAAUAAUUAUGGAUUUAAUUUGGGAAUAUUGCAAUCGGGACAAGAACAAAACUAUCCAAAUAAUUAUGAUUCAUUGGUGCAAAAAACCGAUGAAAAAUAUCUUUAUCCCUUAAGUGAUAAUAAUCAAGAAGAUCUAAUGAACAAUCAAUUUCAAUUACAUUCCGAGGAAAUUCCUACACCUCGGAUCAAUGACGACGAAGGGAAUACGAUUGAAUUAAAGAAUCCUACAAACAUCUAUUCGGAACCAUAUGAAAAAACUUUCGUUUUACCUUCGGAACAACAACAAUUGCAUUAUAUCCCAGUAUACAAAAAUAAGGAUCAAGGAAAUCAUUUAUAUCUCGUGAAUCCUUCCAAAACUCAAACUAGAAUGUAUAAUGAAAAUAGUGCGCAUACGCUAAUGAAUAUGAACAACAAUUUGUACGAGCCUUUACAAAAGGUAGUUGAUAUUUCGCCUAAGAAACAUGUUCAACCUGUAGAAAGAUUCUUAAAUCCCGUUUAUCUUGAUUCCGAGGGAAAUGGGGAUAAGAAAGAUGAAUCUAAGGAUGCGAUGACGUUGAACCAGCAAAUGGCUAGACGUGGACUUCAAAAGGGAGUUAGGAAUAUGAAGGAUAAAUCGAGCGUUUAUGAUCAGUCACCAACUGUAAAAGAAAAAAAUGAAUUGGGAAAAGAAUUUAUAGAAAGUAAAAACGGUAUUAGAAAUCGAAAUUCCGUCGAGGAGGACGUUGCAAAUGUGCACCACGUUAAUAUCGCUGUUACCGUUAACGAAACAAAAGAAGUUGCCGAUCAGAUACUCAAUAGAAUUGUCGAUGAAUUAGAAGAAAUUAAAAUGGAUCAUUCGACAGAUAAAAAUAAUGAAGGUCUACCCUGCAAAUUGACAGGAUCAUGGGUGACAAACAAAGCUGGAGUGAGAUUAGAUAUGAAGGUUUUAAAUAAAAGUAUAAUAGUCACCUUGGCAAAUCUCAUAUCUCAACCUAUACAUGAAGGACUUCUAAACACAACGUGGAAUGUAACAGGACAUGCGCCAUUUAGACGUGGUGGACCAUUUUCCUUACUCGCUUAUGACAAUCGUACUAAAACUUUAGCAAUUUUCGUCGGUUCUUGCAAAGUAUGUCAAGGAAUUGAUACGAUUCAGGGUGUUUGGUCGGUCGCGCAUGAGCCAAGAGACUGUCGAAAUUUUCAAAUGGCUAUUGGAAUAUUUAAUGAUAUAUUCCGAAGAACCAAACUUUUGUCAGAGAUAAAGAAAAAAAAGAAGGCUAUUCUUCAGAAUAUAAUAGGAAACAAUACUAAUACAACGUCAAAUAACGUUAUUUCGAAAAAUAAAAACGAAAAGAAAAAUAAAAACGAAUAAUCGUAUUCGUAAAAAUACGAUUAUUGGUAUAUACUAUUAUAUCAGAAAAUAUAUUGUAAAGAUUUGUAAUAAAUUGUUUAUUGGAAAAAGAAUGGAUCAUUUUCUUGAAACUUUGUUACUUUUGUAUAUUACUAUCCAGACAUUCACGCAUGAGAUCGUGACCCUGCACGUUUAUCUGUAAAAAAAAAUAUUAUAUACAAGAUAUAAAUUUGUCUGAAAUAAUAGUAAACUUAUUAAUAGUCAUAGCUUAUUACUCGAUCGUCAAAUUAAUUUCCUAUAUGAUAAUCUAAUUAAAUAAUAUGAAAAUAAAUGAGAUAAUAAUGCAUCGCCCAAACAUUGACGUAUGACAUUAAGAUCUAGCACGCAUAUCUGUAAAAAAUACU